AAAGCGACUUUCUUCUUGCCUGGCCCUUACAUCUCUCCCAAUGGAUGCGGAGACAGGGAGCGGCGUGGAGAGUGGGAAGGCGGCCAACAGAGGCACUCGAAUCGCCCUGGCCGUGUUCGUUGGUGGCACCCUGGUGCUGGGCACGGUCCUCUUUCUAGUGAGUCAAGGUUUCUUAAGCCUCCAAGCUAAGCCGGAGUACUGCCUGAAGCCAGAAUGCAUCGAAGCUGCUGCUUCCAUCUUGAGUAAAGUAAAUCUGUCUGUGGACCCUUGUGAUAAUUUCUUCCGGUUUGCUUGUGAUGGCUGGAUAAACAGUAAUCCAAUUCCUGAAGAUAUGCCAAGCUAUGGGAUUUAUCCUUGGCUGAGACGUAAUGUCGACCUCAAGUUGAAGGCGCUUUUGGAGAAAUCAAUCAGUAGAAGGCGGGACACCGAAGCCAUACAGAAAGCCAAAGUCCUUUAUUCAUCGUGCAUGAAUGAGAAAGCGAUCGAAAAAGCAGAUGCCAAGCCAUUGUUACAUAUCCUGCGGCACUCACCUUUCCGCUGGCCUGUGCUCGAAUCUAAUAUCGGUCCUGAAGGGGUUUGGUCAGAGAGAAAGUUCAGCCUUCUUCAGACACUUGCGACGUUUCGUGGCCAAUACAGCAAUUCUGUGUUCAUUCGUUUGUAUGUGUCCUCUGAUGACAAGGUGUCCAACAAACACAUCUUGAAGCUGGACCAAGCAGCGCUCUCCCUAGCUGUGAGGGAAGACUACCUUGAUAAUAGCACAGAAGCCAAGUCUUAUCGGGACGCCCUUUACAAGUUCAUGGUGGAUACUGCCGUGCUUUUGGGAGCUAAUAGAUCCCGAGCAGAGCAUGACAUGAAGUCGGUGCUUAGGUUGGAAAUUAAGAUAGCUGAGAUAAUGAUUCCACAUGAAAACCGAACCAGUGAGGCCAUGUACAACAAAGUGAACAUUUCCCAACUGAGUGCUAUGAUUCCCCAGUUUGACUGGCUGGGCUUCAUCAAGAAGGUCAUCGAUGUGAGACUCUACCCCGAACUGAAAGACAUCGGCCCCUCAGAGAAUGUGGUGGUCCGUGUCCCUCAGUACUUUAAGGAUUUGUUUAGGAUAUUAGGCUCUGAGAGGAAGAAGACCGUUGCCAACUAUUUGGUGUGGAGGAUGGUUUAUUCCAGAAUUCCAAACCUAAGCAGGCGCUUUCAGUAUAGGUGGCUGGAAUUCUCACGGGUAAUCCAGGGUACCACAACUUUGUUGCCUCAGUGGGACAAAUGUGUCAACUUUAUUGAAAGUACCCUCCCUUAUGUUGUUGGAAAAAUGUUUGUGGACGUACACUUCCAGGAAGACAGGAAGGAGGUGAUGGAGGAAUUGAUUGAGGGUGUUCGGUGGGCCUUUAUUGACAUGCUGGAGAAAGAAAAUGAGUGGAUGGACGCAGGGACAAAAAGGAAAGCCAAAGAAAAGGCAAGAGCUGUUUUGGCAAAAGUUGGCUAUCCUGAAUUUAUAAUGAAUGAUACUCAUGUUAAUGAAGACCUCAAGGCAAUCAAGUUUUCAGAAUCUGACUACUUCGGCAACGUCCUGCAAACCCGCAAGUAUUUAGCACAGACUGAUUUCUUCUGGCUGAGAAAAGCUGUUCCAAAAACAGAGUGGUUUACAAAUCCAACGACUGUCAAUGCCUUCUACAGUGCAUCCACCAACCAGAUCCGAUUUCCAGCAGGAGAGCUCCAGAAGCCUUUCUUCUGGGGAACGGAAUAUCCUCGAUCCCUGAGUUAUGGUGCUAUAGGAGUAAUUGUUGGACAUGAAUUUACACAUGGAUUUGAUAAUAAUGGUAGAAAAUAUGAUAAAAAUGGAAACCUGGAUCCUUGGUGGUCUGUUGACUCAGAAGAAAAGUUUAAGGAAAAAACAAAGUGCAUGAUUAGCCAGUAUAGCAACUAUUAUUGGAAGAAAGCUGGCUUAAAUGUGAAGGGGAAGAGGACCCUGGGAGAAAAUAUUGCCGAUAAUGGAGGUCUGCGACAAGCUUUUAGGGCUUACAGGAAAUGGAUAAAUGACAGGAGGCAGGGGGUUGAGGAGCCUCUCCUACCCGGCAUUGAAUUCACCAACAACCAGCUUUUCUUCGUGAGUUAUGCUCAAGUGAGGUGCAAUUCCUACAGACCAGAAGCUGCCCGAGAACAAAUCCAAGUUGGUGCUCACAGCCCCCCUCAGUUUAGGGUCAAUGGUGCAGUUAGCAACUUUGAAGAAUUCCAGAAGGCUUUUAACUGUCCAUCCAAUUCCACGAUGAACAGAGGCACGGACUCCUGCCGACUCUGGUAGCUGGACUGUUGGUUUAUGCCAUCCUGAGAGAGUUGUGCAGUGCUCAUCGCCUACUGCUUUAGGCCUGUGUUCCCCGAGGAUGUUUAUUUUUGAUGCAUCUUCAUUACUUGGGUAUUGCUUAGAUCUAAACAGUAUCGAUUCAGAGUUGUAAGGCUUAAAAAAUGGAAUACAAAAAAUCGAAUCAAGUAUGUUUCUUUAGGAAACCCGACCAACAAAAGUAAGUCCCUAGGCUGCUUUCGUUAAAA